ACAGUCAGCUGUGUGUGGACCCCACUAACACCCACAGGAGCAGCCCCGGAGGUCCUCAACCGGAGCUUCAAACGUUACAUUUACCCGCUGACAUGGACUAACAGGAGCGGAGACAGCCAGCUUCAAGCCCGGGCCCCCCUGUGGUGGCCAAGCGGCCUCAUGGCGUCCCGGCUGCUCGACCGUCUGAAGCGCUCGUUGUUUAAAGAUGGUCAGGGGGCCGGACCCGAGCAGGAAGCAGCCGGUGGACAGGAAGACGAGGAGGAGGAGUUUAAAGAGGACAGCUGGGAGGCGGAGCUGGAGGAGGAGGAGUGUGUGACUGAACGGCUCGGGGGGACGCUGUGCUUCGACGGAGGAGGAGGAGGAGAAGGAGCAGAGGAUGGAGCCGAGGGCGAGGGGUCGGGGCUGGACAGUGACUCCGACUUCCUGGGAGAGUCAAUGGAGGAGGGGCUUAGCAGCACAGACGCCAGUCCUGUGGCCGUGUCUCCGGUGGGCCCCUCCGCGUCCUUCCUGUUGACUCGACAGCUUCAGGACAGCUGGAGGUCCCUGCGAGGACUCGGUGGAGGAAGCCCCUCCUCGGCUGGGAGGCAGCUGACGGACAACUUGCUGUUUGAGGUGACCGACGCCAGCGUGGUGCAGGAGGCCUCCUCUAAAUAUGUGCUGUACACCAUCCACGUGAUCCAGUCUGGCGGCAGCGAUAAGACUCCGGCCAUCAUCACCCGCCGAUACUCCGACUUCCAGCGGCUCCACGCCACGCUGCGCCGUAACCAUGGAGAUCAGAUGGAGCGUGUCUGCUUCCCACGGAAGAAGCUGCGCAGGAACUUCACGGCGGAGACGAUCGCCAAGCGGAGCCGAGCGUUUGAACAGUACCUGUCUCACCUGUGUUCCCUGUCUGCCCUGCAGGGGGCGCUGUGCGUCCGACAGUUCUUCUACCUGACUGACCUGCAGGCCGCACAGCUGCUCAUCAGGGUGGGACGUUACCAGGAGGCCUUGGGUCCGCUGCUCAACGCCAAGAGACUGCAACACAAACUGGGCUGGGCAAGUUACUAUGACAACCAGGCCACGCCCCCGGCCUCCUUCCAUUGGUUCUUCACCUUGGUGGGGCUGUCGAGCUGUUUCCAGGACGUGGACCAGCUGGAGGAGGCUCGGGAUCACUGUGACGCCGCCCUCCGUGUCCUGACACCCGCUGAGACUGAUGCAGAGGACAGGCCUCUCCCACUGACUCCCGACUCAUCACCGCAGCACAUCGACAGGCCACACCCCCUCCUGUUGCCGUUGUUACGGGUGGUGGUUCGGCUGUCGUGGCAGACGGGAAGAGACAAGCGGCAUUGGGAAGAGCUUCUGCAGCACCUGGAGGAUCAGAGGGCGGGGCUCGACAAUCAGCCAACCAUCAAAGAGUUCUUGGUCAAACACAACCUGCAGGAGAGCGAGGGGGAGGGCUAGAACCACACACACACACACACACACACACACACACACACACACACACACACACACACACACACACACACACACACACACACACACACACACACACACACACACACACACACACACACACACACACAUCAUUUAAAAAGAAACCCUUAAAUAUAUUCAUUUGACGAGUCCAACUUCGUGACCUGAAAACGGCCUUCACAAUUUCAUUUCCUCUAAACCUCGACAGAAUAUGAAAAUAAAUGGACAUUUUCUUAUAUUUAACAAAAUUGCAUUGAACAGUUUCAUUAUACAACACAAUAUCACAUCAUAACAUUUAACCCUGAUUAGCAACCACCCAUAUUUGUUGUUUUCUUAGUUUAUCAUAAAGGUUCUACACGGUGGGAAACAAAGAGCCUGGCUCUGUCCAAAGGUACAUACACUACAAUCUGCCUCCUGUAAAGCUCAAUGCAAGUUAUAUCUCGUUUGUUUAUUCAAAAAUCAAAAUGUAAAAAUAUUUAGUUUGACUGAAAGUUACCUGCUUGAUGAUCUCUAAAAACAGACAUCUUCAUAUGAAUGCAGAAUCAGUCGUCAACGAGACAAGAUUUAGGUAUCGGAGCCUUUUCAGUUCGUAGUGCCUUUGUUGCCCAAUCAUGUUUGAGCAGGCUUUGGUUGUACGCAGGUCAGCAGACUGUGUGGAGAACAAAAGAGGCAAAGCACAUAGUCCGAAAUGCAAUCUGUGAAGUCAUCGGCUAACGUCUGACGAUGAUUUAGGUUUUUAUUUGCUAAAAAAUAAACAGGUAACUGAGUGUAAACUGGCUACUUGUGAAACAAUCCGGACAUAGACUUCGUCUCUUAACUCCAUCCAUCCAUCCGUCGUACACCGCUUAUCCGGGGUCGGGUCGCGGGGGCAGCCGCUCCAGUAAGGAACCCCAAACUUCGCUUCUCCGGGCCACAUCCUCCAGCUCUGACUGGAGGAUCCUGAGGCGUUCCCAGUGAGGAGAUAUAAUCUCUCCACCGAGUCCUGGGUCUUCCAACUCCAUUCUCGCAUUUUGAGUUGCUAAUCGGACUGUAUACAAUGAUCAGCACACGGAAGACGAAGUGUUGGGUAUCCGGAUAUCUGCUGGCUACACCGAGACCCCAUAAAUAUUGGGUGUGGCCCCCAGGGGCUUUUCACUUCAAACCGAUUGCUGAUGAGUCCAGAGAUUGCCUGCUGGAGGAUUUAUUCCUGUUCUAGCUAGGCCAUCAGCUUCCAGUAUUUAUGCUUAGUAAGCUAACGUCUCAUGGCUGCAGCUUCAUAUUUAACAAACAGACAUUAGACUCAAUCGUCUCAUCUAACUCUGCAAGAAUACAGAUAAGCGUCUUUCCCAAAAUGUUAAACUACGGCACAACAGACCAACCUUCAUUUGCUAAACAGAUGUAGAAAUCCUCUUUAAACAGCUAUGUUCAUUUAAUUUAGCAGAAUACUGGGAACCAAAUAGGAAUAGAAACCCAAUUGCACACAGUGCUGCAAGGAGACUCAUGAGCCCUCUCUACAGCAUCUCCUUUAUUUACACUCCAAGUCUGUGUGAGAUUAAAAUGGUAAACCACCCAGUAAAAAACAGUGAAAGUGGUGCCUAAAAAACAACAGUGUGGUGAAACAGAGGACUUAGAGGUUGUUUGAUCAUAAAGGUGCAGAAAUCCUCUAGUAAGCUUACAGUUUUGUCAUUUCAGAGAGUCGACUUUGACAUUUUAUGGCACAGAGAUGGAAACAAAGGCAGAACCAGAAAAGGAGGCAACACAACUGAUCGUGUGUUAUUUCAGACCAGUCACAGGCGGUCUGGUGUGUGAAGAGUCUGACUUGUCCGUCCUUUGAGUAUGUUAGCGCUGCAGAGUCUGUAGCUCACGCAGCUCUUUAGUGUCCUUUCACUUGUACAAACCUGCAGAAACUAAUUUCUAUAGCGAUCGUUGGAUCCGAGGUUCUUGUUCUUGUCAGACAGUAGUGUUGCUUUGAACUCAGUUCAGAUUCUCCAGGGUUAGUAAGAUUGCCCUACAUUUCUGUUCAUUUGAACCUUUUCUAGGGAUAAGGUUUUUGGUUAUUUUGGCCACGUUCUCAUAAUUCUCAGCCCAUUUGAAGAGACACUUUCAGGCUCUUUCAGACAGUAAAUAACAUGACUGAGAUCCAGAUUCAAGACGAUUGCGGUGCAAGUCAAAUUUAGUUGCAUUCUUACGUGUCUUUAUCAGCUCAUGUCUGCGAGCAUCCAUUUCAGAGUAUUUAUAUAAUAUACUUUACAUUUUACAUUGCAUAGUUACAAUGCAACGUGUAAAGCUCACUAAACACUAGUAUUGCCAAACCCACUGAAGGUUAACACCAACUAUGCAGCUCUCCGCAACUUUUAUCAUCUUUAGGCUUAUUGUUUAUAGUAUGGUUUCCUCAGGCUUUCACCAACCUGCACAUAUGACAGCAGCCAUUUCUAGCAAACAAGCUCUUAUACUGUAUGUUGUUUCUUGUAUGCUUUUGGUUUUCUCACAUGUUCUUGAAAAAGAUAUAUUAAUGAGUCUGCCUGAUCAGAUUAAGUAAUACAUGAGCUAACUAGUUAGCAAGUUUGCUAGCCAACACAUAACCCUCCGAGCAAAUAAGCAUUGUUUUGUGACAAUGUGGCACUCUUGCACAGACUUGGAGGAUUGACAGUAAACACAAUGUAUUUUUGAACAUCUGCCAUUAACUGCCAAGUGUCGAGUUGUUUCCGCCAAAACUGUAAAUGGCUACAACCAUCUCUUUGUGGAAAUGCUUCCUUUGAAAAGGUCCUAGAUUCAGUACAAUAGUUGUGUUAAGUGAGCUUGUGGAUUGGUGUGUUUACAUACACACCUGCGCCUUCAAAUAGAAACAGGGUUCAGAAUAAUGUGAUUUAUAUGUAAUUGAUGACCUCUGUCAUCAAUUAGUCUUUUGGAUUUGGUAAUUUUAGUGCAUACAUUUACACUUUUCACUACGCAAUUUAAUGAGCGUUACAUUGGAGACAAUCACCAGUAACCCACAGUGGGAUUGUGUGGCAAAGGUUUUUCCCAAUCAGACAGUUGUAACUGAUAACAGAGGGCUGGGACAUAGCUGACUAUCGCUUUCCACUCGUGUCCCAUGAGUCAGCAGCUCCUCCACAGUUGUCCAAUCAUCAAGCAGCUUGCUGUUCCUCAGUCGGUUCUGCUUCAUGUGGCUCAGUUCCAGCACCGUUUG